AUGGCUACAGGAGGGUUAUCUGGUGUGCUUCAGCCCCCUCUAUUUCUUCAAGAACCUGGUGAGCCUCCAGUUCCCUGGAAAAAUUGGAUUUCGCUUUUUCAGACCUACAUUGUAGCCACUGAGACAAAGAAUUCAGUCCCGCCCCGUUUCCAACAGCGUUCACAGCAUCCUGGUGAAACAAUUGAUAAUUAUGUUGCUGCUCUACGAGAACUCAUAAAACAAGUGAUUUUUACACUUUCACAGACCAGAUGA